AUGCUUGGCUGGUUUUGUACACCUGAGCCUGCUUUCCACCUGUUGUUAUUGGCUAGACGUGCCGGCCGUAUCAUUCUGCCUCACUUGCUAUUCUCUUUCGCCUCAUCUGCGAUCCUCUUCCGUCUUAUCUGCUAUCCUCUUGCACCUCACCUGCUAUCCUCUUCCGCCGCAUCUGCUACACUCUUCCGCCUCACUUGCUAUCUUCUUCCGAUGCACCUGUUUAUCCUCUUCGGCCUUCCCUGCUACCCUCUUUCGCCUCAUCUGCUAUCCCCUCCUGCCGCACCUGCUAUCUUCUUCCACCUCACCUGCUAUCUUCUUCAGCCUGACCUGCUGUCCUUUUCUGCCUCACCUGCUAUCCUCUUUCGCCUCAUCUGCUACACUCUUCUGCCGCACCUGCUAUACUCUUCCGCCUCACUUGCUAUCUUCUUCCGCUGCACCCGUCUAUCCUCUGCGGCCUCCCCUGCUAUCCUCUUUCGCCUCAUCUGCUAUCCCCUUCAGCCGCACCUGCUAUCUUCUUCCGCCUCACCUGCUAUCUUCUUCCGUCUCACCUGCUAUCUUCUUCAGCCUAACCUGCUAUACUCUUCCGCCUCACCUGCUAUCCUCUUCCGCCUCACCUGCUAUCUUCUUCAGCCUGACCUUCUAUCCUCUUUCGCCGCAGCUAAUAGGAACGCCGCACCAUUUGGGAAACAAUACCCUAGAUCUCGUUUUUUCCUCAAAUAUUAUUUCUGUCAAACCUUAUUAUAUGACAACUUAAAUUUUAUAUCUAUCUAUCUAUCUAUCUAUCUAUCUAUCUAUCUAUGCCUUUUUUAUUUAUCUAUUAUCUAUUUAUUAUCAAUUACUCUGUCUAUUUUAUUAAUCUAUCUCUCUAUCUAUAUAUAUAUUGGUCUGUUUGUUUAUCUAUCUAUCUAUCUAUCUAUCUAUCUAUCUAUCUAUCUAUCUAUCUAUCUAUUUCAGGCUGUUGAUUAUCUAUCUAUCUAUCUAUCUAUCUAUCUAUCUAUCUAUCUAUCUAUCUAUCUAUCUAUCUAUUUCAGGCUGUUGAUUAUCUAUCUAUCUAUCUAUCUAUCUAUCUAUCUAUCUAUCUAUCUAUCUAUCUAUCUAUCUAUUUCAGGCUGCUGUGGAUUAUCUAUCUAUCUAUCUAUCUAUCUAUCUUCGUUUUUUUUCAUAUUGUUAAUAUCGGAUUCAUUUUCAUUCUCAACAUUUGUUUUUUUUUCCAUUCGCUUAUCUUCUAUUCUUCUAUUCUAUUCUAUUCGCUUAUUUUCUAUUGUCUUAUUCUAUUCAUUCAUUUUCUAUUCUCAUAUUCUAUUCACUUAUCCUUUCGCUUAUUUUUUAUUCUCAUAUUCUAUUCACUUAUUUUCUAACUUUUAUUCGCUUAUAGUCUAUUCUCUUAUUCUAUCAUAUUCGCUUAUUUUCUAUUUCUUAUUCUAUUCGCUUAUUUUCUAUUCUCUAAUUCUUUCUGCCUUUCAAAUUUAUACUUUUCCAACCUUCUAUUUGACUUUUCUACAAUUCCUAUCUUUGUUCUUUCUUUCUAGCUUCCUUUUAUCUAAAUUGAUACUUUUUCAACCUUUUAAUUUUCUGUUUAUAAUAUUCCCUGUUUCUUUCAUUCAAAUUUUUACUGGAAAACCCGUUUUCUUUCUUUCUUUCGUUCGAAUUUAUACGUAUCCAACUUUCCAAUUUCUUUCUUUCUUUCUUUCUUUCUUUCUUUCUUUCUACCAACUUUAUACGUAUCCAAGAUUUCAUUUUCUCUUUCUAAUUUUCCCGGUUACUCAUUUCUUUCCCGGUUACUCAUUUCUUUCUUUCUUUCUUUCUUUCUUUCUUUCUUUCUUUCUUUCUUUCUUUCUUUCUUUCUUUCUUUCUUUCUUUCAACUUUUCUAUCCAACAAUUUAUUUUCUCUUUCUAAUUUUCCCUCUUUCUUUCUUUCUUUCUUUCUUUCUUUCUUUCUUUCUUUCUUUCUUUCUUUCUUUCUACAUAUCCAACAUUUUAUUUUCUCUUUCUAAUUUUCCCUCUUUCUUUCUUUCUUUCUUUCUUUCUUUCUUUCUUUCUUUCUUUCUUUCUUUCUUUCUUUCUACAUAUCCAACAUUUUAUUUUCUCUUUCUAAUUUUCCCUCUUUCUUUCUUUUUCUUUCUUUAUUUCUUUCUUUCUUUAUUUCUUUCUUUCUUUCUACAUAUCCAACAUUUUAUUUUCUUUUCUAAUUUUCCCUCUUUCUUUCUUUUUUUUUCUUUCUUUCUUUCUUUCUUUCUUUCUUUUUUUUCUUUCUACAUAUCCAACAUUUUAUUUUCUCUUUCUAAUUUUCCCUCUUUCUUUCUUUUUUCUUUCUUUCUUUCUUUUUUAUCCAACAUUUUAUUUUCUCUUUCUAAUUUUUCCCUCUUUCUUUCUUUUUUCUUUCUUUUUUCUUUCUACAUAUCCAACAUUUUAUUUUCUCUUUCUAAUUUUCCCUCUUUCUUUCUUUCUUUCUUUCUUUCUUUUCUUUCUUUCUUUCUUUUCUUUCUUUCUUUCUACAUAUCCAACAUUUUAUUUUCUCUUUCUAAUUUUCCCUCUUUCUUUCUUUUUUUUUUCUUUCUUUUUCUUUCUUUUCUUUCUUUCUUUCUUUCUUUCUACAUAUCCAACGUUUUAUUUUCUCUUUCUAAUUUUCCUCUUUCUUUCUUUCUUUUUUCUUUCUUUCUUUCUUUCUUUUCUUUUUCUUUCUUUCACAUAUCCAACAUUUUUUUUCUCUUUCUAAUUUUCCCUCUUUCUUUCUUUCUUUCUUUCUUUCUUUCUUUCUUUUCUUUCUUUCUUUCUUUUUUCUACAUAUCCAACAUUUUAUUUUUCUCUUUCUAA